AUGUCGAGUGCCGCGGACAGUCCUGAUGGGAUGGCUUUGCAGUCGCACUACUCCUUACGAUGGAACAAUCAUCAGACGCACAUACUUCAGGCCUUCGAGGCAUUGCUACACGCGGAGAUACUCGUCGAUGUGACCCUGGUUUGCGCCGAGACCAGCCUCAGGGCGCACAAGGUCGUCCUUAGUGCCUGCAGUCCGUUCUUCGAGAGGAUAUUCGCGGAGCAUCCCUGCAAGCAUCCAGUGAUCGUGCUGAAGGACUUCCCCGGUCACGAGGUGGCAGCGCUGAUCGACUUUAUGUACCGCGGCGAGGUGAGGGUCGGUCGCGAGGAACUUCCAGGACUGAUGAGAGCCGCGGAGAGUCUGCAGGUGCGUGGAUUAGCGUCGUCGGAACCACGGCCGGCGUCGCCGCCGGAAACGCCGACCGGCGAUCUUCUACUCGGCGAGCCGUCGACGCCGGAAGGAGCGAGGCAGGGAACCCCCGAGGAGGACGACAACGCGUCGGAGAGUACCGCGCCGCCGUCCACGCGGGAACCAGCACCGGUCACGACACCUACUAUUUUUCACCCAGCGAGGGACCAUCGUGAUAGGCUGCCGCAUAUGGGUCACUUGAACUUCGGGAUGCGCGAGCUAAGGGAGAGCUGCGGAUCGCCGCUUCUACCUCGACGAAAACAGGCACGACCGCGAAGAAGAUCCGGCGAAUUAGUGCCGCAAGACCUUAGCCGACCCCAUCCACCGCCAAGUCUUAGUCCGCCUGUAAGCGGAUUAAAUCUGACUGGUAGCAGCAGUCAACAACAGUCCCAGCAGCAUCAGCAACAACACCAGCAACAGCAACAUCAUCAACAACCCUCGAUGAACUCGCACAACCAGCAACAACAGCAACAAGAGGACAUGGCGGAGAAUCUGUCGAUGAAACGAUCGUUAUCGCCUACCGGAACCGAGCAGCAUCACGUGAAAGCGGAGAGCAGCGAAGCAGCGAGUAGUCCAAGGGGAUCACCGUUGACCGGCACAAGUCUGCUGCACCCUGACGGCUCCCUCCAAGAUAUUCCGUCUGCGGCGGCAGCAGCGGCGGCGGCGGCGGCUGCUGCAGGUUUGCCGGCUAUGUCGGCCUUGUCGCUAACGCCACCGCAUCAUCACAGCGAGUACCUGACGAGCCUGGGCCAACUGGCGGCACAAUGGUUGCCGAAUCAUCCACAGAGCCAACUGCCACUUCCACCUCAGGGUCAUCAUCCGCGGGAAGGUAGUCCCCACGGGCCGAGUAGAACGCAUCCGUAUCAGCAGCAACAGCAACAACAGCAACAAGAAUCACCGUUAACGCCGCGACGUAGUUCGGUGACGACGAUGUUCCCGUUAGACGGUGUCGCGUCGUUAGGCGGUGGACUGUUCCCUCAUACAGGCGCGCUCGACAGAGGAUCCCUGUUGGCGGAUCUUCACGAUAGCUUUAAACCGGAAACGCUGCACGGUCUGUUCGGUGCGGCGGGUCUCGGCGGUCAUCAUCCGGGGAAAAAGCCAAAGAAACACAGAGGCGACGGUGACACGCCGCGCAGAUGGGGCGAUCACAGUAGUCGCGGUUUACCUGUAGGCAGGCCGAAAGGUCAGCACAGCGCGCCCAGGGGCGGACCGCCCCGAUCGUGGACGAACGCCGAGUUGACAGAGGCGUUGCAGCACGUGUGGAACAAGAAGAUGACGACGUCGCAGGCAAGCAGGAUCUUCGGUAUACCGUACAACAGCCUAUUGAUGUACGUCAGAGGGAAAUACGGGAAAAGUUUGAAACUCGAGCAGUUGAGAAGGGACUGCACGGGCGCGACGACUGGCGAGGUAGUAAUGAAUUCGUUGAACAACAACGUUAAAGCCGUCCAACCGCCCACGCAAAUCACCCAUCCGCUUGCCGGUUUGCCACCGCAUCCGGGCGACGACGGUGGAUUUCCUCAUCAUUCGUUGCUCGGCGGUAACCUGCCGCAAGGAUUCUUUCCCGACUUUGCCGCCGCGGCGUUUCCCGUGCCGGUUAGUAUGGUCCAUUUGCUACCGCCAAGUGAACAGAAGGCGUUCGAACCACCGACGAACCCGAGUAGCGGCAGCGGAGGUGGCGGUGAUCUGUCGACAGCGCGAAGCAGUCGGACACCAUCGCCUAUCGAUCAUCAUCAUCACGAGUCGAUGCAACCGCAACCACCUCAAUCGGCACCGGCGCUACUUCAGCAAAAUGGUUCGGAUUAG